UUAGUAUUUUUCUGGGUCUCUCACUGUUCGGUUGUGUUAUUUAUUAUUUUGUGGUUUUUGUGUGAUUUCUGUGUUAUUUGUGUUUAUUAUCUCAUGUAGAUAGGUGCAUAAACCAGCAAAAUGCCGGUCUUUCACACGAAGAUCAUUGAGAGUAUAUUGGAGCCUGUAGCUCAACAGGUAUCCCGACUGGUGAUCUUGCACGAAGAAGCUGAAGAUGGCAACGCCAUGCCGGAUCUGGCGCGGCCGGUGCAGGCCGUGUCGCUCGCAGUCAACAACCUUGUCAAAGUCGGUCACGAAACGAUCGAGUCGUCAGACGACGCGAUCCUGCGACAGGACAUGCCCGGCGCUUUACACCGCGUGGAAACGGCGGCGACUCUGCUGCAGCAGGCAUCUGAUAUGCUCCGAGCUGAUCCAUACUCCGGUCCGGCGAGAAAAAAGCUGAUAGAAGGUUCCAGAGGCAUCCUACAAGGAACUUCAGCGUUGCUUCUCUGCUUCGACGAGUCUGAAGUCAGAAAGAUCGUCAAAGAAUGUAAAAAGGUGCUAGACUACCUCGGCGUGGCGGAGGUCAUCGACACCAUGGAGGACCUGGUGCAGUUCCUCCGGGACAUCUCGCCGGCGCUGUCCAGGGCCGCCAGGGAGGUGGCAUCAAGAGCAGCAGAACUGACGCACCCUCCCCACGCAGAGACCCUGACUCGCUGCCUCGAGAGCGUCAAGCAGCUGGCGCCCGUUCUCAUCUGCUCCAUGAAGAUCUACAUACACAUACUUACGGAAGGUGGCAAAGGUAUCGAGGAAGCUGCUGAAAACAGAAAUUAUUUAGCACAAAAGAUGGCCGACGAAAUACAUGAAAUUAUACGAGUUUUACAAUUGACAUCGUACGUAGAGGAUGGCGGUGAAAAAGACAAUAUAGCGGUGCUAAAGGCUUUGCAAACACAAAUACAUUCUAAGAUUGGAGCUGCGCAUGAGUUCUUAAAUGACCCUGAUGCGCUCCGCAACAGUUCGGGCGAGCGUGCUCUACGUACAGUGUUGACGUCAGCGCAGCGCGCCGCUGAACACCUUGCGCCCACGCAUUCGGAUGCUGUGCGCAAGCUGGCCAGAUCUGGUGGUAUAAACGCGGAUCAACUCUGUGACGAAAGACAAUACGGUCAUGGCAGAGAGGCUAAGGCCUUGAACCUGGCAUCAGACCUACGCAAGCAGCUGAAUGAAGUCGACGCGGUCGUGAACGAAGGCGUUCGCGCCGCCGAGAAGCAAGGCGGACGGACCAUGCAGGCCAGGCUGGAGACGGCGCACAAGUGGCUGCUGCACCCAGCGGCUGAUCCCGCGACCCGCGUGGAGGGACAGAAGGCCAUCAACAGCAUCGUGUCGCAGGGCCAGCGGAUCGCCGACGGGUUACAAGGGCGCGAGAAGGCAGAGAUUCUACAGCUGUGUUCGGAAGUGCAGCGUCUGUCCGACCGCCUAGCCGACCUGUGUAUGAGCGGUCGUGGGGACUCUGAAGAAGCCCGGGCUAUUACCAGGUCAGUCAUCCUUCUUCUAUUACCAGCCAGCAUGGUGGCCGCCGGCGACCACAGCAAGCGGCUCGCCGACCAGCUGCAGCACAGCGCGCGCCAGCAGCUCUCGGCGCGUUCAGCCAGCAUGGUGGCCGCCGGCGACCACAGCAAGCGGCUCGCCGACCAGCUGCAGCACAGCGCGCGCCAGGUAGAGAAGUUAUCUCCUCAACUGAUUGCCGCUGGGAAAAUUCGCCUCCUGUACCCUGACAGCAAGGUGGCGGAGGAGCACUUCAACAACCUCAAAGGGCAAUACGCGGAAGCUGUGCUGCGCGUGCGCGACCUGUGCGACCAGGCCGUCGACCCCUUGGACUUCGUGCGCACCGCCGGCGAGCUGAUGCAGAAACACACCUACCUGUGCGAGGACGCCAUCCGCAACAACGACUCGCAGAAGAUGGUCGACAACACCUCCGCCAUCGCGAGGGUGGCGGAGGAGCACUUCAACAACCUCAAAGGGCAAUACGCGGAAGCUGUGCUGCGCGUGCGCGACCUGUGCGACCAGGCCGUCGACCCCUUGGACUUCGUGCGCACCGCCGGCGAGCUGAUGCAGAAACACACCUACCUGUGCGAGGACGCCAUCCGCAACAACGACUCGCAGAAGAUGGUCGACAACACCUCCGCCAUCGCGAGGCUAGCAAACCGCGUGCUGCUCGUAGGCGGGACCGAGCGCGACAACACAGAAGACUCGGAAUUCGCGCGAGCGCUGUCCACGGCGCACGCUCGCCUACAGGCCGCCAUCCCGCCCGCCGUGCACCGCGCCAAGGCCGUCGCGCUCGGGGACAAGACGCAGGCGCCGCAAUGGCGCGCCGCCAACGCACAGAUAAUAAACGCGGCUGGCGAAGUAGAAUCAGCAUUAGGCCGCCACUACGCGCCGCCGCCGCCGCCGCCGGCGUUACCCGUCGCCUUACAACAGCUACAUGUAUCGGCGCCACCGCGCCCGCCGCCGCCGACCGCCGCCGCGCCGCCGCCGCGACCGCCGCCGCCGGAUACUGAUGAUGAAGGAGAGGAUAUAUUCAGCAGGCAGCCACACCCUAGCCAGCCUAUAUUGGUGGCGGCUCACAACUUACACAAGGCAGUGCGCGAAUGGUCAUCCAAAGACAACGAGAUCAUCGCAGCAGCCAAGCGCAUGGCCAUCCUUAUGGCUCGUCUGUCAGAGCUGGUCCGCUCCGACUCUAAAGGUAGCAAGCGUGAGCUGAUCGCGACGGCCAAGGCGAUCGCCGAGGCUUCUGAAGAGGUCACCCGCCUCGCUAAGAAACUGGCCCUCGAGUGCACCGAUAAGAGGAUCCGGACGAACCUGCUGCAAGUAUGCGAGAGGAUCCCGACCAUCGGCACGCAGCUCAAGAUCCUAUCCACCGUCAAAGCCACCAUGCUGGGCGCGCAAGGUAGCGAAGAGGACCAGGAGGCGACGGAAAUGCUCGUCGGGAACGCACAGAACUUGAUGCAGAGCGUGAAAGAGACAGUGAAAGCUGCCGAAGGUGCGUCUAUCAAGAUUCGCACGGAACAGGGCGGUUACCGUCUGCGAUGGGUGCGUCGCUCGCCCUGGUACCAGGUCUGAGGACACCAUGCAACCACCAUCAUCACUGCAGCAGUGGUACCAGGUCUGAGGACACCAUGCAACCACCAUCAACACUGCAGCAGUGGUACCAGGUCUGAGGAAACCACGCAACCACCGUCAUCACUGCAGAAAAGCCACGCCACGCGACCACCACCGAGAAAAUUUAACAGCAACCCGAACUUGCAGGACUAAUGCUAAAUUGCCUCCCUGGUGCCACGCUGAGCACUCGAGUAGCAGGCCUUCAGGAACAGUACUUGACCGCCACUGACCGAUAUAAAUGCAGCAACGACCUUGCACAGCAGAUCAGGCCCCGAUUGCGCUAAAAAUUUUCAACUGCAACGCAACUGGAUAAUGAGCAAACAUCAACUGCUUUGACAAAUCCGUAUCGCGGUGUCGUUUUGACAGCUAGUUCAAACGAUCUUGUAAAGUAAACGGAACGCAACUGCGCCUCUGGAGUAAAAGAUGACAGAUAGCUACUUCUUAGCUUUCUCACACGCAAUUCAAACGCUUCACGAACUUUCGCUGUUUUAGUAUCUUAGUUUCAAAAAUAAGGUGUUCGGACUUUUAAUGGAAAGUGCUGAGUCUGUUGUUUCGUCUAUGUUAGCGCGUUAACUUUACCGUGAUACCAAAUUGCACUUCAGCUGGAAUGAAAAUGAAGUGUAGACUGGAGAUGAAUUGAAUGAAUUGGAUACAUUACAAAUUAGCGCAAUCGGGUCCCAGUACUUGACCGCCAUUGACCGAUAUACAUGCAGCAACAGCACAGCAGAUCACACCUAGCUGCUGUUGUGACCAUCAAUCUAUAACUUACACAGACCCUAUUCAAUUAGUCACCUCUCAUCUUAGAAGUGAAAAAACAAAAAUAACUUCGUGUGGUUCAUUCUGUUCUUGCUUUACGAACGAUCACAUCAACAAUAUUAGCAGGUAUCGGCAAAUAACAUCCAUUUCUGAUUAAAAAAUAUGAUACAUAUUUUCUGGUGUCAGCAGUCUUCCAACAGAUAGCAUCUGAUGUAUUUUAGAGGAUAUUUCUUUAUCUUAACACCACAACUCUUUGGCAAAGCAAUCUGCCAUUAAUUUUACUAUAGCUUCUUGCCGUGUUUAUACCACCAUAAUAAAAACGGCCAUUAUGUAAUUAAUUUAUAGGAUUAAUUAUGUUUUAUUUAAAAUACUUUUCUUAACUGUUGCGGUAACUUUUUUCUCUUUAGUUUACGAGUUUAUAAGUCUAUCUUAAUCAUAAGUAAUAAUUAAUUAUAUUAAUUUCAUUUAAUUAUUGUCUCACUAAUUUAGUUAUUUAAUUUUAAAAUUAUUCUAACAGUUGUAAGUGCAAUAGUAUAUUGUUAUGUUACAAAAUAUGUAAUCAACAUUAUUUUCUUCUUAUAUUGAUAUGCAUAUUCAG